GCUUCAGUGCAAAUCCACACCCAGCAGCAGGCAAUCUGCAGCAGCACAUUUAUUUAUGGUUCAAGAGAAACGAAACUAGCCAGGCUGUCUGGCACUUCCAAAAUCUCCUUUUUCUACCAUCAUGGAUGAAAAGACGACAAAGUCUGUGGAUCUCAACUACACUGUACCCUCAGAUGUGGAGUGUGAUGUGUGCACCGGAAGGAAGCGUAAAGCAGAGCAGUCCUGUUUGGAGUGUGUGGCUUCGUUCUGUGAAAAACAUAGAGAUCUGCAUAACAUUCUGCACGUGGGGAAGAAACACAAGCUGGUGGCUGCUACGGGAAGCUUCAAAGAGAGCUUCUGUCCUGAGCACAACAAACUCAUGGAGGUUUUCUGCCGCAAAGAUCAGCAGUGCAUAUGUCACCUGUGCAUUACAAAUAAACACAGAGAUCAUGAUGUCAUCUUGAUUGACGAUGAGGUACCUGAGAAGAAGAUUAAACUUGGGAAAAUGCAAAGAGAGACAACUGAGAUGAUUCAGACCCGGGAGAAAGAGGAGCAAGAUUUAAAACAAGCUAUUAAUUCAUUUAAGACAUCAGCAGUGCAGGCAAUGGAGGAGAAUGAGAAGAGCUUUACAGAGCUGAUUCACUCCACUGAGAUGAGGCACUGUGCAGUGAAGGAGCUGAUCUUGGCUCAAGAGGAAGCUGCUGUGAAGCAAGUUAAUACACUUUUAGAAAGACUGGAAAAGGAAGUCACUGAUCUGAAGAGCAAAAAUGCUGAACUACAGCACCUGGAGCAGCUCUCUCAAGCAGACAAUGACAUCUAUUUUCUACAAAGUGCUGCUUCUAUUCCUUAUCUCACAAAGUUCAUCCAGAUCCCAGCUCUAUCAGUCCAUCCAUCCUGUCCAUUUCAGCUUACUACUGAUGCUGUCUCAAAUCUUAUCAAAGAACUGCACUUAAUCUGCCAGUGGACAUUCAUGACGAUCUCUGAAAGAGUAAAAAACAUUGGUAUCAUAUCUGCACCACUACCACAGACAUAUCAGGAGCUCUUAAAAUAUGCGAUCAAACUGACUCUGGAUACAAAUACGGUGCAUGACAAGCUCCAACUGAGUAAUCUGGACCUGGAACUGACCGCUGUCCAAAUUUCAGAGAACUAUCCUUUCCAUCCUGACAGAUUUGAAAGACGGCUGCAGGUUUUAUGCAGAGAAGGUCUGCGUGGGUCACCAUGUUACUGGGAGAUUGAAUGUGGUACAAAAGGUUCAUGGGUUAAUAUUGCAGUCUCAUACAAAGGGAUAAAAAGGAAAGGGAAGCAGGCUCCUCUCUUUGGCAGAUCCAGAAGUUCAUGGGCCUUGCGCAACUAUGGGGGCAUAUAUGAAAUCUGGCAUGAUAAUAAGUGCCAGAAAUCCUACACUGACAGAUCUUUAGAUUGUUCUAGAAUAGGAAUAUAUCUGGAUCAUGGAGCAGGGAUUUUAGCCUUUUACAAUGUCUCAGGUAAGUUGAGCCUCAUCUACAAGGUCCAGACGCAGUUUACAGAGCCUGUAUAUGCUGGUUUUGGACUGGUAGGGAUAGGCUCUCGUAUCCGACUCUGUGAUUUAUAAGAUAACCCUUCUCAAAGAGGAUGUCCUUAUACCUGUUGCAGUUCAGAUUUAAAUGUUACUCUAUGCAUAUUAUUAUGGCUCAAUAGAUCAACAUAACAUUUUCCUUUAUUGUAUUGUCAUGUAAUGGGGAAGACAGAAUGGUGUAUUGAACGUGAUUCGUUACUUUACAUGUAUUACAGCAGUUUAAUAUGAAGAAUAUCAUGCUAGACUGAAAAGCAAUCACAUUGGUGAAAAAAAUGUUUUGAAAUGCAUUACACAAACAGUAUUGCUUUGCAUUUGUGACAUGCGCAUGCCACACUGAAAAGCAAAAUAUUUUAACCUUGUUUGACCUUGUUAAUGAAAAACGAGCAGCAAGGAUAUGCCUUUUAAGAAUUAAACAUCGAAUGUGCAUCCAAAAUUAAUGUAAUCCAUUUUUAAAAGUAAUACACAUUUGAUUGCAUUUCACCAUGUGGUUUUCUUUCAAAUAGAAAAGUAAUGCACAAAUUGCAUGAACAUACCGGUAGUGUCCUGCAUAAAAAUCUACAUUGAACAUCCAGAAUAAGAUGCUUUCAAGCCUUUCUACCAUCUGCUUCCAACCAAUCCUGUUGUGAUUGGACAGUGAUUACGUUCAGUGUGGCAUGACAACACACUGAUGAAAGUGAAAUGCAAUGCAACACUAUUGCUUUGACAUCUGACACAAAUUUAGCAUUUAAAUGUUAAUUAAAAAAAAAAAACCUGCUGAUUGCUUUUCACUGAAGAUAUCAACCAGUGAAAAGUCAAUGCUGUUUAUGUAUUAUAUUUCGUAGUAUUUCACUGGUAUGCUUGUUUUAUGCUCUGACAGCAAUGUCAAUGUGUCAUAUAGGCCAUUGAGAAGUAAGAUCAGUUGAAUGUACAGUUUAAAGUCCAUUUCAAUAUACAUUGUUCCAUCUGAAGAUGUUUUCAAGAUUUGUAAGAAUAAAGUUAGUUUGAGAAUAAA